AUGCCACACGCCCUCUCAUAUGUUGACAUCGAUGUCAAUUCUUCUUCCGACGUAAAAAAGGACAAGUCUGUUACCGACUCCGACUCGAAUAGGGAAAUAAUCUUGUUUAAAGGACGAGGCAACCGCCACAAAGCCAGACGCGGGUCUAAGUGGCGUGGACGCAAUCGACCAGCCACUUCGCCCAAACCUUCAAACGCCUCGGCUCGGGAGCCUAUAGAAAGUGACGACGACGAGGGUACCAAUGCAGCGAUGGAUGAUUACAUAUCCAAUAUACUCCUAGAUGAAAUGCAACAGACGCAACAAGAUCAAGUCGAAAUCCCAGAAAACUUUGACAACGGUAUUCCGGGUACACAUAUUUCAGAACCCAAACCCGGCCGAGUUUCGCCCGUCGGCACAGAUGUCAAUUCUGACGAAACUGACAACGAAGACUCUGACGGCCAAACAUGGGGUUUAUCGGCAACUAUGGAUGAUUCGCAAUUAGCCAGGCUACUGGCAAAACAAGAAGAGCUAGGUUUAGGGAGCGGCAAACUUCUAUUGCUUGACGGGGAUUCGAUCGCAGGAGGUGACCAAGGAAUGAUAGGCCGACGUGACCGCAAAGCAUCGGCAAAGAAAAGAUCGACCCCUAUGGAUACCUUGAAGAAAAACUUCGCGACUGUGGGCGGCUCAUACCCUAGCGCUGAAGCUGUUGCUGAUGCCUUUGAACGGCUCAAUAUGAGCGGCUGGGGGGGGGCUCGCGAUGGCCUCGAGUUAAACCUCUCAGAUUCCGAGCUUGAGGUACAGUUGAGAAUGUCAUGGCAGAAGGACCGACAGCGGAAAAAGGAGAAGAAGCGUGCUCGUGAGGAACUGCGAUCAAAAGGCCUUCUCAGAAAGGACGCAAAUUCGAACGAUCCCCGUGUCAAGUAUCCCGAUGGAAUGCAUAUGGAUGACAUCAAGACUGAAUUUUUUAACUUUCUGAAUGGCACAGAAACCAGGCAAGCUCCCUCUCCCUAUUCUGAUUAA